UUGAGAUUUUGUUAGUUGAUAUUCAGCUGGCGACUCAGCAACGUCUCGUGGUGGUGGUUAAGAAGGGUAAAAGUGAAAUUAUUGUGAACGGUAGGCGUUGAAGUUUUGCAAUUUGAUUUGUUAACCAAAUUUUUUUUCACCGUUAAAAGUGUGAAUAUAUGGGAUAAACAUAUUGUGAUGCGUGCUGAAUGACAAAAGUUUAAUUGUUAUUAAAAGGAAUUAAGUGCUUAAUAAACCGUUACAAAUUGUUAAAAUAUAAGACGCUGAAAUUAAAAAAAAAUAAAUUUUUUUAUAAAAUUAUUUAAGUGGGAAUAUUUUCCAUAAUGUCUGACAAAUUGAUGACUGCUCUCUUAGCUGAGAGCGUUCUGCUUACUAAAGUUACCAGAAUAGUUGCAGGAUAUUCGCCAGUGACCAUAAUUCUGGUAGGCGCCAUCACAUUAUUCUUCGUGAUUUACAACAAAAGACGUGCACGAAUGGUGCAAUUGAUCGACAAAAUCCCCGGACCUGCCGCAAUGCCAUUGCUCGGCAACUCAAUUGAGAUGAAUGUGGACCAUGACGAAUUGUUCAAUCGUCUUACGGGUACAAUAAAAUUAUGGGGCACCCGUAUCGGCUUGAAUAAGGCAUGGCAAGGCACCAGUCCAUAUGUGAUGCUCUUUGAUCCCGAAACAGUAGAGCCAAUUUUAAAUAGCCAAAAAUUCAUUGAUAAAAGUCAUGAUUACGAUUAUUUGCGACCAUGGCUGGGCACCGGAUUGCUGACGAGUUUCGGCCGGAAAUGGCAUUCGAGAAGAAAGAUUUUAACGCCCGCCUUCCAUUUCAAAAUUUUGGAUGAUUUUAUCGAUGUCUUCAAUGAGGAGAGCGUUGUUUUGGCGCGUAAAUUGGAGCGCGAAGUGGGCGCUGAGGCCUUCAACAUCUUUCCAUAUGUAACGCUCUGCACGCUGGAUAUUGUGUGCGAAACGGCUAUGGGACGCAGUAUACACGCACAAGAUAACAGUGAUUCGGACUAUGUGAAGGCCGUUUAUGGCAUUGGCUCCAUUGUUCAAAAUCGUCAAUCGAAAAUAUGGCUACAAUUCGAUAUGAUUUUCCGUUUCACCGAAGACUACAAAAAACACGAGAGCUACAUCAAUACACUUCAUGGCUUCUCUAAUCGUGUGAUACGCGAGCGUAAAGCCGAACUUGCAGAGAAUGUACUCAAUAACAAUGUUAACACAACACCCGAUGCCUAUGACGAUUUGGGUAAGAAGAAACGUCUGGCUUUCUUAGAUCUGCUCAUUAGCGCAUCGAAGGAUGGCGUUGUGCUCUCAAAUGAGGAUAUACGCGAAGAAGUCGAUACGUUUAUGUUUGAGGGGCACGACACAACCUCCGCAGCCAUAUCGUGGACACUCUUCCUGCUCGGCUCAUAUCCUGAGUAUCAGGAGCGUGUGGUGGAGGAGUUACAAUCGAUUUUCGGCGAUGACAAAGAGACACCAGCAACUAUGCAGAAUUUAAUGGAUAUGCGUUAUUUGGAGUGUUGCAUUAAGGAUGCGCUGCGUCUGUUUCCCAGUGUGCCAAUGAUGGCGCGCUCUAUUGGCGAGGAUGUGAAAAUUGGCAAUCACCUAAUACCCGCCGGCACUACCGCCAUCAUUGUCACCUACAUGUUACAUCGCAACGCCAAAAGUUUCCCCAAACCCGAACAAUUCAAUCCGGACAACUUUUUACCAGAGAAUUGCGCUGGUCGUCAUCCCUUCGCCUAUAUACCCUUCAGCGCGGGUCCACGUAACUGUAUUGGUCAAAAGUUCGCCAUACUCGAAGAGAAGGCGGUACUCUCGACGGUUUUGCGUAAAUAUAAAAUCGAAUCUAUUGAUCGUCGUGAAGAUCUGACGCUGUUGGGUGAAUUGAUUUUGAGACCGAAAGAUGGUCUACGCGUGAAGAUCACGAAACGUCCUUAAUGGAUGGGUGGAAGUGUGCGCAGAAAAGUGUACAACAACUGAGUAUUUCAAAAGGCAUAGCAUUUUACGUAUACUUCUUUGUAUUUGUAUUGUAUGUAUAUACAUAUGUAUGUAAGUAGUGUAAAUCUAAGCAGCGUUUAAGUAAUUUAAACUAUCAUAGAUACACUUAAAUGUAAUGUA